AGCAAAGUCAAAGAGCCAUAAAGUGAGACAAUGUUGGUGAAGGUUCCUGUGUUACAGUCAUUCAAGGAAAAGAUCCCUCAGCAGUGAUCGAGGGCUUCGACCACACAGACACCUGUUCUCAGAUCUAAUUCAAGUUCUCAUAGAACGUUGUUGAUCUUUUAAUAGAUCAACUAAGUUUCUACCAUGCUGCAUUUAAGUAAGGGGGACUUUGUUUGGGUGGAGACUGGCAGUGGAGUCCCGAUUGGCGCAGAAGUCACAGUUGAUGACACUGGGCAGCUUCAGCUCAUCGAUGAUGAAGGAAAGGCGCACAAGGUCAAAAAGAAGAACGCGGGGCAUAUCCGUGCAAUGCACCCCACCUCAGUGAAAGGUGUGGACGACAUGAUAAUGCUCGGGGAUCUCAACGAGGCCGGGCUGCUCAGGAACCUGCUGGUGCGCCACAAAGAGGGCAUCAUCUAUACGUACACAGGCUCCAUUCUGGUGGCAGUGAACCCAUACCAGCUGCUGCCCAUCUACACCACGGAGCAAGUGCACAUGUACACAGACAGGCGGCUGGGGGAGCUGCCCCCCCAUGUGUUCGCCAUCGCAGACACCUGUUUUUUCAACAUGAGGCGCAACAAGAAGAGCCAGUGCUGUGUCAUCAGCGGAGAGUCUGGAGCAGGGAAAACAGAGAGCACCAAGCUGAUGUUGCAGUUCCUGGCUGCGGUGAGCGGCCAGCACUCGUGGAUCGAGCAGCAGAUUCUGGAGGCCAACCCCAUCCUGGAAGCCUUUGGUAACGCCAAAACCAUUCGCAACGACAAUUCCAGCCGAUUUGGAAAGUACAUUGAUGUCAACUUUACCAAGGGUGGGGCCAUUGAGGGGGCCCGUGUGGAGCAGUACCUACUGGAGAAGUCCAGGGUUUGUCGCCAGGCGCCUGAGGAAAGGAACUACCACAUCUUUUACUACAUGGUGAUGGGGAUGUCUCCAGACCAGAAAAAGAUUCUUUCUCUUGGAACGGCUGCAGAGUACAAAUACCUGACCAUGGGUAACUGCACCAGCUGUGAAGGACGCGAUGAUGUGAAGGAGUACGCUCACUUCCGUUCAGCUCUGAAGAUCCUCAUGUUCACAGAGACCGACUCCUGGGAAAUCUUCAAACUGCUUGCCGCCCUUCUUCACCUAGGCAAUGUGGAGUUUGAAAGCACUAUAGUGAAAAACCUGGAGGGCUCCAAUGUCGCCAGUUCGUCCCAUUUUAACAUGGCCAGCCAGCUUUUGGAGGUGGAUCCGGCAGCACUGGAGAAAUGUCUGACUCAGCGCUCUGUCACGACUGCCAGAGAUACCGUGAACAAACCCCUGAACUCUGAACAAGCUCUAGAUGGCAGGGACGCCUUUGUCAAGGCAAUAUACGGCAGACUUUUCAUCUGGGUGGUGACAAAGAUCAACAAUGCUAUCUACAAGCCACCUGAGGAUGACCGAGAGGUCCGCCAGUCGAUAGGCCUCCUGGACAUCUUCGGCUUUGAGAACUUUGACAAUAACAGUUUUGAGCAGCUCUGCAUCAACUUCGCCAACGAGCAGCUGCAGCAGUUCUUCGUCAAGCAUGUUUUCAAGCUUGAACAGGAUGAGUAUACCCGUGAGAACAUCCUCUGGACGCACAUUGACUACCAGGACAACCAGAGCACGCUGGACAUUCUGGCCACCAAACCUUUGAAUGUGUUGGCUCUUAUCGACGAGGAGAGCAACUUCCCAAAGGGUACCGACACCUCCAUGCUGUUGAAGUUGAAUCAGAUUCACAGCAAAGGAACAGUCUACAUCCCCCCUAAAAAUGACCAUGAAACAAAAUUUGGAAUUCAACACUUUGCUGGAAGGGUUGACUACGAUUCAAAAGGUUUCCUUGAGAAGAACCGUGACACUCUAAGUCUGGACCUGAUCCAACUGGUGGACACUUCAAGCAAUAAACUCCUCAGGCAGACCUUCAGUGCUGAGCUGGGAGCCAGCUCAGACACAGAAAAAAGUGUCAACCCCAGAAUGACCAUUAACAAGCCUAAAAACAUGCGGCCCUCGUCUGAUGGCAAGAAGCGCGUGCCGACUCUGUCCGCCCAGUUCCGUCAGUCUCUGGAUUCGCUGAUGAAGACGCUGACUGCAUGCCAGCCUUACUUCAUCCGCUGCAUCAAACCCAAUGACUAUAAGAAGCCCAUGCUGUUCGACAGAGACCUGUGUGUACGACAGCUGCGUUACUCCGGCAUGAUGGAGACAAUCAAGAUCAGGAAGGCCGGUUAUCCUGUCCGAUACACCUUCAGCGACUUCUUAAACCGCUACCGUGUCCUUCUGAGGACCUCAGUCUGUGAUCCCAACACCGAAAGCAAAGAACAAUGCUGUGAAAGCAUUUGUAGAAGAGUUCUUACCGGAGAUGGCGACUGGAAGACGGGCAAGACGAAGAUAUUCCUAAAGGACUUCCAUGACACAACGCUUGAACUGGAGCGAAUGAAAGAGUUACAUGUUAAGGCUCUUGUGAUCCAAAGAGUCCUGAAGGGCUACAAAUACAGGAGAGAAUUCCUGAGGAAAAGAUCCGCUGCCAUUGUCAUUCAGAAAAACUGGCGAGGAUACAAAGGCAGGAAGCAGUUCAAAGCGGUGCAGCUGGGCUUUGCCAGGCUGCAGGCACUCUCUCGGUCUCGCCAGCUCCACCUCAGCUACCUGAAGAAGCGGCAGGCUGCUUUGGUGCUGCAGACCCACAUAAGAGGUUACCUGGCCAGAAAGGAGUGGAAACGCAAGAGAAAUGCCGUGAUCCUGCUGCAGGCGCACACCAGGUCCAUGCUGGCAAAAAGAAAACUCCAAAAGAUGCAGAGAGAUAUGUACCUCUCUGCUAAAGAGAGGGAGGAGGAACAACGUGCCCUGCUGGCCAAACAGAGACAUUUGGAGGAAGUGCUGAGGCAGAAGAGAGAGAUGGAGGCCAGGCAGCAGUCUGAAAACAUCAGUGACCAGGAGAUGGUGGACAACAUCUUUGGCUUCCUGCCCAAUAUUAUCAUUGGAGGCCAGGAGGGCCAGGCUCCUGUUGGAUUAGAGAACAUUGAAGGAAAAAGGACUGUAAUUGAGGAGAUAGACAUCGAUGAGCUUCCCUUGGAGCCAGAACCUCCCGAGGAAGACUAUGAUGACUUGGAUCAGUACUCCUUCACCAAGUUCGCCUCCAUUCACUUCCAGGGAGCAGCCACGCACAGCCACAUCCGGCAGAGGCUUCAGCAGCCUCUGCUCUACCACGAGGAUGAAGGAGAUGUUCUGGCCUCGCUGACGGUGUGGUGGAUCAUCCUGAGAUUUCUGGGAGACCUCCCGGAACCCAAGAGACAGAAUAGAGGAUAUGCCCAUCAGCGGAUGGUGCCUCAGGAUCUGCUCUCUGGGCAGGACAGACGUCUGAGCCACAUGGUGGGCCUGGAUCAGAGAGUGCUGAGGAAGAACAAAGAGGCCACGCCCUCUGUAGUUUCAGAUGACUCAGAAAAGAGAAAAGGGUCGAUUUUCACAGACCUUCUGUCGAAAAACAGGAAACCCUCUGCCAUGCCCAACGAUAUGUCUCCAAACCUGAAGUCCUACACUGCACCUGAAGGUAACCCGCGAGCAAGGAAAGGCUCCACCUUCACUGACAUGCUGUCCAAAAACAAGAAGGUCCCUCCUGGUAGAGAAAACUUAAGGAAGCCGUCCAUCAUCACGGAGGAGUCAGAUAAUAUAUCUGAAUUGUCAUCACCCUCAACGCUGCAAACUGUGAGUGAGAAUGGAGAUGUGAUGGCAAGAGAAGAACUCACCCUAGACAGGCCUCUGACAUCUCUGGAAAAAGUCCACUACAUUGUGGGAUAUGGCAUCAUCAGGCCUGAUCUCAGAGACGAGAUCUACUGUCAGAUCUGCAAACAGCUUCAUGAAAACAGCAACCGGAACAGCUACUUCCGCGGGUGGAUCCUGCUCUCCCUCUGUCUGGGUGUCUUUCCUCCCAGUCAGCUCUUUUUGAAGUACCUUCAAAGUUUUAUCCGUUUUGCUCCUGGGGGAUUCCCAUCCUACCUGGCUGAGCGGCUGCGGCGUACCUUGAUGAACGGAGCGAGAGGGGAGCCUCCGGCCUGGCUCGAACUGCAGGCAACCAAGACGAAGAAGCGCAUGUUAGUGAACGUGGCGCUGCUGGAUGGAAGAGCCAUUAACCUUCCCGUGGACUCGGCGUCUACGUCAAGAGAAGUUUGCCAGCUCGUCUCCAACAAAAUCAAGCUCAGGGACACUUUUGGCUUUUCCCUCUAUGUAGCUAUGUACGAAAAGGUUUGGGCCCUGGGGAGCGGCCGGGAGCACGUGAUGGAUGCCAUUUCACAGUGUGAGCAGGAGGUGAAGAGGAGGGGAGGCCAGGAGCAGCACGCUCCAUGGCGUCUCAUCUUCCGUAAGGAGGUCUUCACCCCGUGGCACAGCUGCAAAGAGGACAAGAUCAGCACUGACCUCAUCUACAGACAGAUCAUCCACGGUCUGAAGUAUGGAGAGUACCAGACUCACAAGGAGGAUGAUCUCAUCCAGCUGGCUGCUAAGCAUCUGUACAUCCAACAUGGCUCCGACAAUCGUCCUGAGAAUGUCAAAGAGACCGUGAGGGACUGCAUCAAGAACUCCCUUAUUGAGGCCAAAUCAGAGGCCAAGCUGGUUCAGAUGAUCCACACGGCUCACGCUCAGAGUUCCUUCCUGAAUAACAAACAAAAACCAGAGCUGGUGAAGGCAGAGAUGGUGGACUAUGCUAGGGAUAAGUGGCCCAUGUUCUUCUCCAGGUUCUAUGAAGUUACCAAACUGUCAGGUCCAGUGCCAAAGAGUAAGUUCAUAGUGGCCAUUAACUGGACCGGUAUCACCUGCCUGGAUGAGAGAGAAAAGAGGCUGAUGGAGCUGUCCUUCCCAGAGGUUAUGGGUGUCAACACUAUAAGGGAGGGUAAGACGUCCGGCCCCAGGGUCUGUCUGCUGACACUGAAGGGAGAUUUCACCCUGAGCGGAGCUUCGGUUGAAGACAUGGCUGAGCUGACUACCAUGUUCCUCAGUGGAUUGACGGAGCGUUCCGUGUACGCCGUGGCACUAAAAGAUGUCAACAGCCAGGAUGAUCCUACAAUUCUAAGCUUUAAGAAAGGAGAGCUCAUUAUUCUUAUCAAAGAUGAUGAGUUUUCUAAGCAGCGUGGCUGGAUUAAAGGACAAAACAGCAGCAACAAAAAAACAGGAGCAGUCUCCACUGAGGCCAUCCAUAUCCUACCAACGCUAAGCAGACCUAGCAAUGAAAUCUUGAGCUUUAUCAACUUGUCUCCAAACCAGAGGAAGGACUUGGUCCAGGCAAACCAGAAAGAUAUGGGGACUAUGGAGAGAGUACCCCCUGCCACGCUGAAAGAGUAUUCUCUUCAGUAUUUCAGGCAACCCACCAAGGAUGUGAACCGUCAGGUGAUCUCUAGGAACGCUGCACCGGAGAGGCUGUGGGCUCACUCUAGAGAGCCAAUCAGACAGCCUCUCCACAUGAAACUGUUGGGCACCCAAGAUCUCAGCCACAAAGCCUGUAUGGCCUUCACUGCAAUCCUUAAGUAUAUGGGAGAUUACCCCACCAGGCAGAUGCAGAGUCCUCUGGAGCUCACUGACCAGAUCUUCAGUCCUCCCACUCAAUCUGAGGCGCUCAGGGAUGAGAUCUACUGCCAGAUCAUGAAGCAGAUGACCAGCAAUAACAACAGGUUCAGCAUAGAACAGGGUUGGCAGCUGCUCUGGCUUUGCUGUGGCCUGUUUCCACCCAGCCAGCCUCUACUGAAGCACACUCAGAAAUUCCUGGAGUCUCGGCGCAGGGAGCCCCUGGCCUCCGACUGUCUGCAGCGGCUGCAGAGCUCGCUGAGGUCGGAUCCCAGGAAGCUUCCGCCGCACCAGGUGGAGGUGGAGGCCAUCCAACAGAACAGCACCCAGAUCCUUCACAAAGUCUACUUCCCCAACGACACAGAUGAGGUAUUUGAAGUCGCAACCCGCACCAGAAUCAAGGAUCUCAUCCAGACCAUUUCCAAAAAGCUACAACUGGCUUCGGCCGACGGCUUCAGCCUCUUUAUGAAAACACAGGACAAGGUUCUCGGUUUAAAUGAAGCAGACUACUUCUUUGACAGUCUGAGGCAAAUCACGGACUGGUCAAAGAGAGCCAAAAGGAUCAAAGAAGGUGGGCCGGUCAACAUUUCCUACCAUGUGUUCUUCAUGAGGAAGUUGUGGUUUAAUGUAGUCCCUGGCAGGGAUAUCAAGGCCGAUCUUAUCUUCCAUUUCCCUCAGGAGUUACCUAAGUACCUGAGAGGCUAUCAUGUGUGUACCAAGGAGGAUAUGGUCAACAUCGCUGCUAUGCUCUUCUUAGUAAAGGUCCGCGGUGACAAAAGCCAGAUCGCCACGAUUCCCAAGGUGCUGAAGGAGCUCGUUCCUGCCGACCAGCUGAAGGCCAUGUCUGAAAACGAGUGGAAAAAGAAUAUAAUCGCAGCCUUUAACAGACGUACCAAUAUGAAAGUUGAUGAAGCAAAGAUUGCAUUUCUGAAGGCGGUUUGCCGCUGGCCGACAUUCGGCUGCGCUUUCUUUGAAGUGAAGCAAACGUCAGAGCCAGAUUUUCCAGAUAUUGUGCGAAUCGCAAUCAGCAAGACUGGACUCACCAUCUUGCACCCAAAGACCAAGGAUGUUUUGGCAAACCACCCAUACAACAAAAUAGCUAGCUGGUGCAGCGGAAGCACCUACUUCCACAUGACCGUUGGCAGCUUAGUGAAGGGUAACAAAUUCCUCUGCGAGACUUCGCUGGGCUACAAGAUGGAUGAUCUGAUUACUUCCUAUGUGAACAUGUAUCUCAGGGAGAGAACGGCGCAGUCCAGGGGCCAUCGCUACAACAUGUAGACAUUAGGAGUUCAACCCUGCUUCUCCUUGCAGCUCCACAACUCCUUAUCAGAGUUUUUAAUGUAAUUUGGUUUAAAAAACAAAGCCACAGAUUUAUUGCAUGUAAAUAAGUAUUUCUUAGCUUUGAUUUGUUGCUUCACAAACAGGAAAAUGUAAAGCCCUGGUCCCUUUGCAUAUUUACCUAAACAUUUUUAAGAACUAAACACUAAAAAUUUCCUAAUCAGGAUUUUUUUUUCUGUCUCUGAAAUGGAAAUUACUUCCUAAAUAGAUAAUUUGCCAUAAAAUGAUGCACUAAAUUUGUUCAGUAUUACAUGGUUUGCAUCAGUACCGUCUUCUUCUUCAGUAGCUUAGCAAUGACCCUUGCUUAACUGGCAACCGUAGAUAUUUUAUCCCAACAAGUUCUAAAAACAUUAUAUUCUGACAACACAAAAAAGUAAACAGAUAUACAGAUACAAAGUUCUCAAUACACUGAAAAUAACCAUGGAAAUAGGUAAAAAUGUCUUAAAUUAAGUGUAUUUAGCCUUAAUUUGAAUAGGUAAAUGAGAUAGUUUGCCAAUGGAAUGAGAAUCUUUACUUUUAAAAUAAGAUAAUUAGAUAAUGUGCACUUAAAAUGAGAAAAUGCAAUUGGUUUUGCUUUUUUUCAAUGUUUGAUGGUUUGAUAUCACUUGCCUGCAACAUAUUUCAGUGUAGCUCACGCUAAUCUUUGCAAACCAAACUUAUAGGAUGUUUUAGGGCCUCUCAAACAUAUUGCUUUGCAGUGAAUGUUAUAAAACUAACAAAGAUUAGCCAUUUGAUCUUAGAACUGUGGCAUCUUAGCGACUUUGUUGCGAUAUUUAAUGAUUUUUCAAACCCCUCUAGUGUUUUUUGUUGUUUUAUUUUUCAAAAAGGUGAUUUAUCCAGCGGCUUUCUUCUCUGUUGCUGGAGACAUUGGUGACAACAUAAAAGCAGUUAUUUCUCCCCUCUGUUUCCUUGUGAAAGUGAGUCACACAUGUGCACAACAUUAACGGAUCCCCCCUGGAUUAAAAAAUGCGGGAUGUUAAUUCAAUAUUUAACAAAAUGUUUUUUUUUGUUUGUUUUUUAAACUUGCAUUUAAAUAGAUCCCUUCCUGAAUUUAAUUGAUACCAAGCCUGUGUUUCUGUUAACUGUCUUUAGGUUAAAUUUAGCAAGAUUGAUUUACGUGGUUUGUGUUCGGGUGAAAUAUUUUGAUUACUUCAAUAUUACAUCGUAUAGUAUUUCUCUUUAGUUUUAAACAUAUUUAAAGUGACCAAGUAUGGAAAAUAGGCAGUGAUGUUAUCCACCGACCUCCUUUUUAGGACAGCUUAGCUUAUCUUAGUUCAGCAAAGCAGCAGAUCAGUUCAAAUGACACAGACAGAAAUUAAACUGUUCUUACUUUUACAAUCAACGUGCAAAUAAAAAUAAAUAAAUAAAAUUAUUAGAGAAAAUCCAGAGUCCUAGAUCUAUUGAGAAUGCCGGCAGCCAUGAUUGUAGGGGCAGCAAAAAUCAUGGGAGCGUGACCCAGCAAGGGCAGCAGACAAAAUGUCCAAUCUGGACACCUAGGGCAAAAAAAUGGUUGGCUGAUUGUUUUUUUUUCUAAAAUUCACCCUUCAGCAUUUUCUGUUCAUAAAAAAAUAUAAGUUGAGUGUUUAAGAUUCUUUUAGCUGGAUCUCUGUUUCUAAAACCACCAUGAUGGCGAUCAUUAACAAUCCGCCACACGUCCAAAGUUAAUCUAGCAUUAGCAUCAAAACAAGCCAAAUCUCCAACUACUGUCUGCUUUUUGUUUCUUGUGCAGGACUGUAGGGCUCUGAUAUGUGCUGCUUAAGCUCUGUCAGCUCAUUUCGUUCCCCAAUGGUGGAGAGAAUCUCUGAGUAACUGUGGAUUCAUGCGAACCACAUAGAGACAUGAAGAGAUUCUCUGCUUGGGAAACCUUUUUGAUGAAUGGUUUUUAGGGUUGUAGUCAGUGCCUGCUGUAACUAUGUGACUGUUGUUGCAUCAUAUUUGUGUGGACAGUUGGUUUGUUCCUUGAUCAGCCAUUUUAUUGCACCUAUAUCUCACAGAAUGUAUUUCCUAAUAAAAAGCAUCUUUCUCCCUAAAAAUUCAAAA